AUGGCUAGACAGUCAACUAUGUGUUCUGCUUUGAAGCCUUGCCUCUUUAUUCUAGUCUGCUUCCUCAUAGUCAGUCCUACAGCUUUCACGGCUCAAGAAACAAUUUGUCCCUUCCAACAUAUCUACCAGUUCGGCGAUUCAAUCUCAGAUACGGGAAACAUCAUCCUCAAGGGUGGCUUAGCUUCAGUAUCUCCUUCAUCUCGCUUGCCAUAUGGAAUGACUUCCUUCCAUAGACCCACUGUAGACUUUGCUGUAGCUGGGGGCACAGCUCUCGACACCUCGUUUUUCCAGGCCCGAAAUAUUCCAGUUCCAAUCUCCAAUACUCCUCUCAGUGCUCAGAUGCAAUGGUUUAAAGAUCAUCUCAAAUCUGUCUGCCAUUCCCCAUCAGAUUGUGCACCUAGACUUCAAAGAUCCUUAAUAAUGUUGGGAGAAAUCGGGGGUAAUGAUUAUAACCAUGUUUUCUUCAAUGAAAAAUCAAUACAAGAGGUCAGGAAUUAUGUUCCUCACGUCGUAAGUGCGAUAAUCAAAGGGGUAAGAGAAGUUGUUAGACUCGGGGCUGCUCAUGUUGUGGUUCCAGGAAAUUUUCCUAUUGGUUGCAUCCCAAUUUAUUUGACUAGUUUUGCGAAUCCUGAUCCAGAAGCAUACGAUCAGAUGGGACGCCUGAGAGAGGUAAAUGAGUUUGCAAGGUACCACAACUACUAUCUUCGAAGGGCUCUUCAUUCUUUGAGGCAAAAGUUGAAAAGGGAUAAUCCAAACGUGGUUGUUGUCUACGCUGAUUACUACGGGGCUCUGGAAUCAGUUCUUGCUCGUGCUCCGUUUCUUGGAUUCGACCGAGGAUCUUUAUUAAAAUCAUGUUGUGGGAUUGGAGGGAUUUACAACUACGAUGGUCGGAGGAUGUGCGGAACACCUGGAGUUCCAGUUUGUCGGGAGCCUGUUAAGUACAUAUAUUGGGAUGGAAUUCAUAUGACACAAAAAAAGAAAGCUUAUCGCCAUAUGUCUGAGUUUCUGAUCAAUGACAUGUUGUCAAAUAUGCAGUGCGUGUGGUAG